AUGAAGGACAAGUCGAAUGACUACGAGCUGGAACCAACAGACGAGUUAUUGGCAGCCCAAGGAUUUUUCUUCUUUUUAGCUGGCACGGAUACUGGAGCCAACACAAUGCAUUUUACUCUUCUUGAACUGGCUAGUAAUCCAGAUGUUUUGCAAAGAUUGCACAAAGAAAUAGACCAAGUGUUUGAAGAAACAAACGGGGAAGUCACUUACGAUGUGAUUGAUAAAUUAGUUUAUUUAGAUAUGGUGGUUAACGAAACUCUGAGGAAGUUUCCACCCUUAGGUGCUUUGCAAAGGGAAUGUGUAAGAAAUACGGUAUUACCUGUUGGUAACUUGAAAGUUGAAAGGGGGGUUACAGUAGUUAUACCAACUUAUGCCAUACACACGGAUGAGAAUUUCUUCCCGAAUCCCGAAAAAUUUGACCCAGAAAGAUUUGCUCCGGAAAAUGCUGCUUACUUCCCGAAAUAUGGUUAUAUGCCAUUUGGAGAGGGGAGAAGAAUCUGCUUAGGUUCCAGAUAUGGACGUAUUCAAGUUUUAUCUGGCCUAGCGUGUUUACUGCGUUCGUUUACUCUGAAACCUCAAAACUAUACGCCUCGGUUCCAGAAGAGCAGCUUCAGCUUACGAGACACUAACUCAAAGUACGACUUGAUUCUGAGAGAAAACAUGUGAAGAAA